UGGAAUUCAGGCGACCAGAUUGCCAUUCGCUUACUUGUUCUCUGAUACGCAUGCCAGAAGUCACAAAGGAAGUCGGCAUCGCCUUUGCCCUCACGUGGGCCGCGGCGUUCGCGACCUGCCUCGGCGGUCUCAUCAUCUUUAGCGCGUCCAUGGUCAAGAUGGCCAGCGCCAAGAACCUCUCGAUCGCGCUCGCGCUCGCUGGUGGCGUCAUGAUCUUCAUCUCGCUCGUCGAGAUCUUCAAAAAGGCUGUCGAGCAAUUCAUGGCCGGUAACGCGAACGCGGCUGGCGAGUGCGACCCGACGUGCGAGGGCAACGCGUGGGUCUAUACCAACAUUGCCUUUGCCAUUGGCGCCGGUAUCAUCUACCUCCUUGAUGCGCUUGUCCACCGUCUCUCGCCCGACCUCAAGGACGAAAUCGACGUCGCCGAUCUCUCGCGCCUCGAACAAGUCGUCGACGGCCACGUGCCUCUCUCGACGCCGCUCGACUGCGAGAAAGACACGCUCGCCGGCAAGGAGAAGGCAGCCAUGAACCGCACGGGCAUCCUCACGGCGAUUGCGCUUGCGAUCCACAACCUCCCGGAAGGCAUUGCCACGUACACGGCGGCGGUCCACGACCUCAAGGUUGGCGCCACGCUUGCGAUUGGUAUUGCGCUGCACAAUAUUCCCGAAGGCAUUGCUGUCGCGACGCCCGUCUACUUUGCGACGGGCAACCGCUGGAAAGCAUUCUUGUGGGCAUGCGGGUCGUCGCUCGCGGAGCCGCUCGGCGCGAUCCUCGCCUUCUUCAUCCUCGGCGACGGUCUCAACCCGUCUCUCGAGGGUGCAAUGUUUGGUCUCGUUGCUGGCAUGAUGGUGACGCUCUCAAUUAAGGAGCUCAUCCCGUCGGCCGUCAAGUUUUACCCCGACGGCCACGCCGUCUCGGUCGCGAUUCUGGGCGGCAUGGGACUCAUGUCUCUGAGUCUCAUCCUCUUUGCGUAUGUCGGCGUCUAAAACGACGACGGUCCAUAUUGGCGUUACGUCUGGUGCAACUGAAAGCCAAUUGAAUAAGAUCUUGUUCCUGUUUCUGCAA